AUGUCUGGGAGAUCGACGUCGCUAUUGCCUUCUGUCCUGCGUCCCCGACCUGCUGUUCCACUUGAUCCUACACCUGAAGAGCUAGCUGCUGCCGCAGCGCUAGGAAAAGUGACGUCACCUGAGGAAACACCUCUGUUCAUCUGUGCAUUCUCCGACUGUUUUCGUCUGUUUCCGUCUCGAGAACGGCUGAUGACACACCGGAAACGUGAUCACAACUCUGACGAUCCUGGCAAGGUCAUUACUUGGAAUGAAUAA